AAAAAAAAGAAAAAAGAAAAAACGCCAUUCACCAUCUUUGAGUUAGUGCGUGAUUUGCGGUGCAUUCAUGAUAUUAUUAAGGCUCCAAAUUCCCAAUCCCAACCUUUUUUUUCUGGUUUUUCUCUUUUUAACCAAUCAUUUUGUUCCUUUUUGUCUCUCUCUUCAUAUAUUCUCAUCUUUCAAAGCAAUUUCAUUUGAUUAUUGCUUUGUGCCCACAAAUUCACUCUUCCAUGAACUUUCUUUAAUUUUAUCAAGGAUCUUCCCUAGGAUUCAUAAUUGAAGCCACCUUGUUACAUAUUCAUAUAUGGCAACAAAACCUAAUGGUGGUGGUGUUGGAAAGGAGAAGAAAACUUCAACAUCUUCAAAUUCUUCUCAAAUCUCAAACACAACAAAAAGAACCCCAAUAAAAGCAACAACUACCUCUAAAGAAAAGUCAACAACAACCUCAGAUAAAAAUGGUCCAAACAGCCUCAAAUCCAAAGGUACUCAAAUACCAAAACUCACAGUAAAGCCCAAUAAUGACCCUUCUUCAAAUAACAAUAAUAGCAAGCCCAUUAGAAGAAGUUCUUUUGAUAAGCCCAUUCCACCAUCUGAGGCCCAACUCAAGAAACAACCUUCUCCUUCGAGACAACAGCUUGUUUCCCCAGGCCCAAGAGACAGGCCCAUAUCAGUUAAAAAAUCCAUUGGGCCUGUUAAGAGUAUCACUAAUAUUACCACUUCUAAGUCCAGGCCCAUUACUAGUAGUAAUGUUAAGGAAGCAACAAAAACUAGUGUUGGUGGUGGUGCUAAAAGUGGUGCCAAGAAAAGUGUCUCUUCAAUUUCUUUAACAAAUACUAAGAAGGUUGUUGGCUCAACAAAGGUUGCAAAGAGUAGUUCCUCAACAAAGAAGGAUGGUGAAGAUAUUUUUUUAGAGAAGUUGGAUAAAGUUGGAAAUAAUGAGGAAGAAGUUAAGGAAGCUAUAAAUGAAGAAAAAGAAGAGGUGAUAAAUAUAUUGGAUAAUUAUCAAGAAAAUAAUAUUGAUAAUUUGUCUGAUAUUGAAUUUUAUGAUGAUCAAAACGACCAUGAUCUUGUUCAUGAUCAUGACAAUUAUCAUGAUCAGAAGGUCGAAGAAUAUGACGAUCAAGUUCAAACUCAAGACGAGGAUAAUAAAGAAAAAAAUUAUUUCAACAUCAUCAGAAGAAGAAGAACAAGAAAAAGAAGAAGAAAAACAAGAAUAUGAAAAACAAGAGAAAAUAGAAGAAGAAGAAAAAGAAC